ACCGCGUGUACCAAAAUGGACUCUGGGGACACAGCUGUGGGGCAGAAAGUGACCUCGAGGUCUGGGGAAGCGGCCCACGCGCCGAGUAGAUGGAGACAGGAACCGCCGGCCGUUAUCAAGAUGAGCGCUUUUGGCAGUCAGGAAGGACAGAGGCAACCGCAGAUGGACCCCGAGCAGCUCGGAAGCACAGCAUCAGCACAACUCUUCGGUCCUGGGAAACCGGCACCAUCUCCCGAGGCGGCCCACCCGGCCGUGGAGAAGCCGUACCCGCCUCACCGCCCCACUCCUUACUCAUGCCAACACUCGCUUUCCUUUCCUCAGCAUUCGUUGCCACAGGGCUUCCUGCACGGCGGCACCAAGCAGCACCAGAGCCUGGAAGGCCAUCCCCCGUGGCAGUUUCCCGGCCACAUGCAAUCCAUUUCCUCGGAGGACUUAUUUCCUUUUCCCAUCCACGGCCACGGUGGAGGCUUUGCCAGAAAAAAGAUUCCCGGCCUGAACCCCGCUUAUAGCCAAUACGCACAGAAAAGCUUAGAACAAUCAGAGGAUGCCCACAAGAAAGAACACAAACCCAAAAAGCCCGGCAAGUACAUUUGCCCCUACUGUAGCAGGGCCUGUGCCAAACCGAGUGUAUUGAAGAAACACAUUCGGUCCCAUACCGGGGAGCGGCCGUACCCCUGUGUACCUUGUGGUUUCUCCUUUAAGACGAAGAGCAAUUUAUACAAGCACAGGAAAUCGCAUGCCCAUGCAAUUAAGGCAGGAUUAGUCCCUUUCACGGAGUCAGCCGUGUCUAAAUUGGACCUAGAGGCCAGUUUUAUUGAUGUGGAAGCAGAAAUACAUUCUGAUGGUGAACAGAGCACAGAUACUGAUGAGGAAAGCUCCCUAUUCGUGGACCGGCCUGGCACCCUGAGUCCGGGGCCAUCCAUCCCGUUGGAUAUUGCCAGCAGGAGUGGCUAUCACGGGUCUCUGGAAGAACCUUUGGGAGGCCCAAUGAAGGUGCCCAUUUUGAUCAUUCCCAAAAGUGGGAUUCCAUUACCUAGUGAAAGCACCCAGUAUAUUGGCUCUGACGCACUACCGGCUCCAUCCUUAAGUACUAAAGCGGAUGACUCUCAUACUGUUAAGCAGAAACUUGCACUAAGACUUUCUGAGAAAAAAGGACAAGAUUCUGAGCCAUCUCUCAAUCUCUUGAGCCCCCAUAGCAAAGGAAGCACUGAUUCUGGUUACUUUUCCCGCUCAGAAAGCGCAGAACAGCAGAUAAGCCCCCCCAAUACAAAUGCCAAGUCUUACGAAGAAAUCAUCUUUGGAAAGUACUGUCGGAUUAGUCCGAGAAAUGCGCUGAGCGUCGCGACAUCAAGUCAGGAGCGCACCAUGAUGGGUAGAAAGAGUAUAAUGGAACCCUUACCUCAUGCAAACACCAGGUUAGAUCUCACCAUGGUUGAAGAUCCCACUUCCCAGCUGAUCCCGAGAAAAGGAGAUAUAAUGGAAUCUGGUCAACCAAGUCUUCUAAAAUCUACCAAAUUCACCCCUGAUCCCCGACAAUCCCAGACUAUCACAGGAUCUAUCAAAAAUGAAGGAAAACUUUAUCCAACGAGUCACCAAGGUAGCACCCCAGUUCUCUUAGAAGCACCCACAGAUUCUUCACCACUUAUUAGAAGCAACUCUAUGCCAACUUCUUCGGCAACUAAUUUAAGUAUCCCUCCAUCUUUGAGAGGGAGCCACUCAUUUGACGAAAGAAUGACUGGUUCAGACGAUGUAUUUUAUCCAGGGACUGUGGGAAUAACUCCACAGCGUAUGUUAAGAAGACAAGCUGCAUUUGAGUUGCCUUCAGUACAAGAGGGGCAUAUAGACACAGAACAUCACGGCAGGAUAGGAAAAACGAUUAGCGUUGCUUCUAAUAGAAUGAUUAGUGAAAUAGGCCCAUCCCUGAAGGAAAAGAAAAUGAUGGCUGGUGAUAGGAUUGGUUAUGACUACGAUGUAUGUCGGAAGUCCUAUAGGAAAUGGGAAGAAUCGGAAGUAACCAAGCAGAGCUUCAGAGAUAUUGCAUGCUUAAGUGGCUUAAAACAUGGAGGAGAAUAUUUUAUGGAUCCCUCAGUGCCAUCACAGGUAGUACCAACCAUGUUUGGAGUCACGUGUGAAACCAGAAAACGCAGGAAAGAAAAGAGUGUGGGAGAUGAAGAGGACACCCCAAUGAUCUGUGGCAGCAUUCCUGGCACUCCAGUGGGCAUAACUUCAGAUUUUGAUCCCAAAUUGCAGAUGCAGGAAGGGAUGAGAAGUGGAUUCACCAUCUCUGGUCAUGAUACCCCUUCUCAUGGUCAUUCUGAGCGUUUUGAACCAUGUAGACCUCCCCUGCAGUCUGGAGCCUCAUCAGAAGAAUCACCCUUAACCACAGACAUUGAAAAGAUGGCAGACCCUACAAAUAGGAAACCUCCCGGAAAUGUGAUUUCUGUAAUUCAGCACACAAACUCACUGAGCAGACCAAAUUCAUUUGAAAGGACUGAAUCUACAGAUCUUGUGGCGAGCCAGCAGGAUAAAGCCUAUUCAUCUUCUGAGACUUGCGAGAGUGAGAUUUCGGAAGCCCCCGUGAGUCCAGAGUGUGUCCAACAGGGAGAAAGCACUGAGAUGAGGGGGAAACCACCCUCAUCCCAACAACAGCAGCAUCAGCAAUCCUAUCACAUGCAGCCCAGGUUAGUUCGCCAGCACAACAUCCAAGUUCCUGAGAUAAGGGUGACUGAAGAGCCUGAUAAGCCAGAAAAAGAGAAAGAGGUGCAGAGUAAAGAACCAGAGAAGCCACCUGAAGAAUUCCAGUGGCCCCAGAGAAGUGAAACUCUUUCACAGCUUCCUGCUGAAAAACUACCACCGAAAAAGAAACGCUUACGUCUUGCUGACAUGGAGCACUCUUCUGGAGAAUCCAGCUUCGAAUCCACGGGAACAAGCCUCUCUCGUAGCCCAAGCCAAGAAAGUAACUUGUCCCAUAGUUCCAGUUUUUCAAUGUCUUUUGAAAGAGAAGAAUCCCUUAAGCUUGUGGCACCUCCCAAACAAGAUGAGUUUGGGAAGCAAUCAGAGUUUUUGACCGUCCCAGGUGGCUCCUACUCACUGUCUGUCCCUGGACAUCACCACCAGAAGGAGAUGAGGCGCUGCUCAUCAGAACAAAUGCCUUGUCCUCACCCAGCUGAAGUUCCAGAGAUCAGGAGUAAAUCUUUUGAUUAUGGGAAUCUGUCUCAUGCUGCUGUGGCAGGUACAACCCCUGCCACGUUAUCCCCAUCACGAGAGAGGAAGAAAUGCUUCCUGGUGAGGCAGGCUUCCUUCAGUGGCUUCCCAGAAAUCAGUCCAGCUGAACCAGGCAUGGAACAGGGUAUAAAGCAGGAACAGAUGGAGCACAUGCAGGCUGGUCUCAGAUCCGCAUGGCAUCAUUCGUCCUCUGGACUUCUGCCUAUUCUGGCAGAGGACUCUGGGAAUCAGCUUGGGGCAGGUUCAGCCCACCUUGCACAGCAGCCAGUCAUGCAUAUGGACAGUCAGGAAACUUUGAGAACUUCCUUAAUCCCUCCAGCACCUUACAUCUCAAGCAAACACCCAUCAGAACAGCCACAUUUAUUUGCACAUCAAGAAAACAUCCCAUUUCCCCCAAUUCACAAUUCCUUGUUUCAAUUUCAGUAUCCAACUGUCUGUAUGGUUCACUUACCAACUCAGCAGCCUCUCUGGUGGCAGACAUGUACCGAACCUUUGCAGAGGCAUUUUCAGCCUCCCUUUGCGCUACAGAAAAGUUAUGGCAAAUCCCCUUUCCAGCCAGAAAUCCAUACCAGUUAUCACUUGGAGCAUGCCACUGACCACCUCGGGAAGAAGCCAGAUGAUUAUGCACACACAAAAGAACAAUCUUACCUACAUUAUUCAGGAAUGUCAGGAGAACCCUCCAAGAAUGCUCUUGCAAAGUUUCAGUCAGACCAUAGUAUCAAGUCAACUGAUAUGUCCUCUGAGCAGCAUCUCCAGGCUGACUUUGACUCCCCAAACUCUGGACCUGUGCAGUCAUUACCCGGAACAGUGGUACCUGUCAGGAUUCAGACCCAUGUACCAUCGUAUGGCAGUGUCAUGUACACCAGCAUUUCUCAGAUACUUGGGCAGAACAGCCCAGCAAUUGUCAUCUGCAAAGUGGAUGAGACUAUGACUCAAAGAACAUUAGUCACCAAUGCUGCCAUGCAGGGAAUUGGAUUUAACAUAGCCCAGAUGUUAGGGCAACAUGCAGGCUUAGAAAAAUAUCCUCUUUGGAAAGUACCUCAGACCUUACCACUUGGUUUAGAGUCCUCCAUCCCACUGUGUUUGGCUUCCAGCUCUGACACUGCCUCUACUCUUGGUGGUAGCAAACGGAUGCUUUCUCCUGCUAGUAGCUUAGAACUUUUCAUGGAAACAAAACAGCAGAAAAGAGUUAAGGAAGAGAAAAUGUAUGGUCAAAUCGUUGAGGAGCUGAGUGCUGUGGAACUAACCAACUCCGAUAUCAAAAAGGAUUUCCCCCGCUCGCAGAAGCCUCAGUUAGUCCGACAAGGCUGUGCAUCUGAGCCAAAAGAUGGUUUGCAAUCCGGGUCAUCCUCUUUAUCCUCACUGUCACCCUCCUCAUCUCAAGAUUAUCCAUCCUCCAGUGUGCCAUCCAGCGAGCCAUUCCCACUCAGCAGGGAAAAACUUUCUAGCUUUAGUGCAACACCACCAGGGCAGAAGUCCAGCGGCCCUUCCGAAGGCAAAGAAUCAUCAGAUGAAUUAGAUAUAGAUGAGACAGCAUCUGACAUGAGUAUGAGCCCACAGAGGUCAUCCUUACCCCCGGGGGAGAUUCAGAUGGAAGAACAAGGGAAGCUGCAGAAAUACCCUGUUGGUAUGUUGGUCCAGAUGGCAUCUGGUCCGAGUGGGAAAAUGGGAAACUCAACUAUACUUUUAACAGAUGUGGCAGAUUUCCAGCAGAUUCUUCAGUUCCCUAGUCUGCGCACGACGACGACUGUGAGUUGGUGCUUCUUAAAUUAUACAAAACCUAGUUACGUGCAACAAGCCACCUUCAAGUCCUCUGUUUAUGCUUCAUGGUGCAUUAGUUCAUGUAACCCGAACCCAUCAGGAUUGAAUACCAAGACUACUUUAGCACUUCUGAGGUCCAAGCAAAAAAUUACCACUGAAAUUUAUACUCUGGCUGCUAUGCAUAGACGGGGAACUGGCAAACUCACCUCAUCAAGUGCUUGGAAACAGUUCGCUCAGAUGAAACCUGAAGCAUCAUUUUUAUUUGGCAGCAAACUUGAAAGGAAACUAGUAGGAAGUAUCCUAAAAGAAAGAGGGAAAGGAGAUAUUCAUGGAGAUAAAGAUAUUGUAUCCAAACAAACUGAGCCAAUCCGAAUUAAAAUCUUUGAAGGAGGAUAUAAGUCAAAUGAAGAGUAUGUCUAUGUUAGGGGACGUGGACGAGGAAAGUACAUUUGUGAAGAAUGUGGGAUUCGCUGUAAGAAGCCCAGCAUGCUCAAAAAGCAUAUUCGCACCCAUACUGACGUACGGCCUUACGUAUGCAAGUUAUGUAACUUUGCCUUCAAAACGAAAGCAAAUAUCGAAAUACUACGGGGAGACGACACACGCAGUAGCUUCACAGAAGCAAAGCAGCAGUUGAAACAGAAAAGCAUGUGCUCAUGA